GUAACCAAUGCAAAGCCCUCUGCCGUCCCCUCCAUUCCUCACAACAAAUCCCUCCUCUCCUCAGGGAUCGCGACGCAGCACCAGCGGCAUCUGCUCCCGAUUUCUCUGCGACCUCUCCCCUCCCGAUCCAACACCCACAGCAACCUCAGCGGCUCAGCCGUCGCCGACGCCUCCGCCUACAAGCCCACGCCCACCUCUCCCACGCCGCCGCCUGCCUUCGCCUCCUUCGUCGGUCACCCGCUCUUACUGCCCCCUCCACCGCUGCGGCCACGCGCGCCGCCGGCCUCGACAGGGACAUCGCCUCCUCUGCAGCGGCGGCGGGAGAUCGUGCUGCUCUCCUCGGCGUGAUUCACCACGGCCGGUCAACUGCAGCAGCCUCCCCCAACUUCCGGAUCGAGCAACUGGUCUUGGCAGCGGCGGAAUUGUUCUGGGCAGCGACGGGAGGCAAGCUGCAGAGGAGGGGGACGGGGAAGGAAAGAGGAGCUGUAGAGAAGAGGGAUCAUGGACUUUGAGAGCACUCAUGAGGAGUAUUGCUCUCUGUCGCAUGGAGAUGGAUCAAAUGGAGUGAGAAACACAGCAGAUGCCAUAUCUAGGAUGGAACUCGAAAUCCAGUUUGGCUCCGAGAAGUUGUUGAAUUUAGAGAUGCUAGUGAUGGAGGUAGCUCACCGUGCAAACGGCAUUGAGCUUUCGAUGCUCGACCCCGAGUCACUCUCGAAUGAGUCGGUCGAGAAGGCUUUCGAGUUUGAUGUCUUGUAUGGAAUUCUAGAUUCUGAAGUCAGGGAGUUGGAGAAGUUAGUUGGUUUUAUUCAAAUUGAUAUUAGAAAUGUUGGAAAGAAGUUUAACGGGGAAGAGUUGGAGGGCAGGUUGAAAGGUAAGCUGCAUGCCGCCACAGCGUCUUUGAAGCAGAUGCAGGAGCUGAUCGCCGCUAUUAGAAGAGAGUUCACAAACUUUGAUAAAGCCAUAGACCCUUCCCAUCAUCAUGCCGGAACUAGUGAAGGUGGUGCAUAUGAAAAUGGACAUGAUUUAUCUCACACAACUAUACAGGCUGAGGGCCAAAGAAAUGUCCUGCAGAUGUUAGAACGGUCAAUUGCAAGUGAACUAGAUCUUGAAAAAAGGCUAUGCGAUUCGGGGGCUAUUGUGAAAGAACUCGAAAUGAAGCUGCAUAAUGUAGAGCAUGAAUCAGAUUUCUUGGAAGAAUCGGCUGAAGCGAUUUCUGAACGGAUGUUUGCAGCAGAAAAUGCUUCUGAGUUGUUCCUUGGAAUUUCAAAAGAUCUCAUUGAUAGAAUUAAUACCAUCCAGUCCCAUCAAACUGCAUCAGGUCGGAGGGAAGCUGUUCUAAAAUCAAAGUUAAAGCAAAGCUUAGUGCAAUCAAAUGCUUCAAAAGGCUCACCAGAGAUGAUGAAAGAUGAUAGUGAAAACAAUGCCACUUGGGAAGCUGUGCAGAGUCGAAGACUAUCGACCUCCGAGUUCUUCACUUUGCAGGAUAAGGUUCAGAAUCUGGAGGCAUGGCUGAGGGAAUCUUGCUCUCAGUUGGAGUGGGAAACGAUAUCAACAGAAGCAAAUGAAAAAGAGCAGAAUAUAUCACUGUCUGAGAUAGGCACGUUUGAGAAUAUUAUAGGCGAUAUUAAAGAUGCCAUUUUCAAAGCUGAAAGCAGAACACAAAAUACUGAAGCAAGGUGCGCUGAGCUUACUCACACUAAUGUACAACUCAAUGGAGAGUUAAACUCUCUUAAGACUCAGGGAUCAGAUAGGGCAUGCUUAUUGGAGAAGAAACUUAUGGAGUCAGACUCUCAGUUAGAACAUGCGAGAGCAUCAAUUGAGGCUAUUGGCGAACAGCAGGGUAUGCUAAAGUCUUCAAUGUCUGAUAUGCAACACAUGAUUGAAGAUCUGAAGGAUAAGUAUUUGAAAGCUGAAAACAGGGCUGAGAGUGCUGAAUCGAAAUGUAUAUUGUUGACAGAUACUAACUUGGAGCUCUGUGAAGAACUAUCAUUUCUGAGAGGUCGAGUAGAAAGUCUAGAGAACUCAUUAUGCCAAGCCAACCAACUGAAGCUGUCCACUGCAAAAGAUAUUGGUAUUAAAACUAAGGCAAUCACUGACUUGGUCGCUAAACUUGCAUUUGAAAGAGAGCGCCUUCAUCUUCAGAUUGUUACGCUAACAAAGAAGAACAGGAUGUUGGCUAAAAAGUGCAAAGAAAAUGUUAACAAAGGUACAUCAUUGAGCAAAGAUAUCACUGCUAAUGAAGGUGAACUCAGGCCCUCUAAAGCAUUGGAAGAUGUACUUCUGGCUUCUUCAUCACUGCAGACCAAGGUGAAGUCAACUGCCGAAACUCCUGGAGAGAACGACAGUGGGAUCACUGCUCCACUGGAGGACGAAUCUGGCAGUCUUGAGACAGUGCGGUCUAUCAAGCCAACUCUGCUAAACUGGAAGUACAUUUUCACGGCAUUUCUUGUCUUGUUGACUGCCGCUCUUGUGCACCAACUAUUACAAUCUGCAGUAUAGGUCUUGUGUUGUAAUGCUGCAUAUUUGCCUUAUCUUAUUUCUGCCCGCCUUGUCACACGAAGAGAAAAUUUUGGUAAGUAGCCGCAGUCCCAAGUGUCUCAGCCUUUGCACAAACUAUGUAUUAGGAACCCUCCUUAGGGAAUUGUAGACCUGGAACGGUCAUUUUCUCCCUCCAUGAUCUCCUGAUACUGAGUUUUUUAGUGGACCGGAUAUGCGUUGCUUGGAAGCGGAGGACACGUA